UUGAAGUGUUACGGAAGCUGGCAGUGCAGUUUUUUGGUCACUUCGACCGCAUCUUUAAUCAUUCUUAAUCUUAACAGGUAAAGCCAAUCAUCCAGGCAUUCACAAAGACAGGCAAACAGAUUCACUCAACAUUCAUUUCCAUCAUAUUCAGGUACUGUACAGGGCUCUAAUUAGUGGCGCAGGCACUCCAUAAUUCACACAUCUUUCAUUCCAUCACAUUCAGGUAAAGCCAAUCAUCCAGGCAUUCACAAAGACAGGCAAACAGAUUCACUCAACAUUCAUUUCCAUCAUAUUCAGGUACACACAAUACCAUUCUGGUCCUUCGAGGGAAAAGUUACUAGCGCCUGUGGAGACCGAGAAGGGACCAUUCCGGUCCUUCAAGGGAAAAUCAGCGCCUGUGGAGAAGGAGAAGGAACCAUUCUGAUCCUUCAAGCAGCCCUUUGUGCCAAAAAUCUGUGUCUUCAGAGCCACUUCCGGGCCACGUGCAACAACAGUGCCAGCACGUGGUUGUGUCAAGUCUUCACAUAACCUCAAAAUCAUUCAGCGACAUUCGGCACAUUUGAGAACGAUUUUUCCGCCAAUUGGUACAUAGGAACGUCAUCCCGGUCAGAGACUGUUUAACCCAGACUCAGCUCAGUUAAUCAGCCCGCCAACAAAAUGUCGUUCGUCAAGAGGCGUGGAAUUAUCCAAGCUCAGCUAACCAAGCUGAAGUCUCAUUUGGAUGGUUUCUCAGAGGAACAAUUGUCUCAACCGAAUGUUGUCAACAAUCUCAGAGCUCGUUUGGAUUAUUUGGAGGAAUACAGACUGAAGUACAUUGACAUCCAGGAGUGUAUCAUUCACGAACUGAAUGACCCAGACCAAAUCAAACAAGAGGAGAUGAUGACUCUUUCUUUCAUCGAGGCUUGCGAUCAGCUGGACAUCAAGAUCAGGGAGAUGAUUCGUAGGAGCAAGGCCGCAACAGUCGGGUCCAAUGCUGACAGCGAAAUGAUAUCCAUGAUCGACAAGAUGAUCAGCCAGCACAACAAGUCACUUGCCAAACUGAUGAGUUCUCAUGAGGAGCAACUGAAAUCUCUGUCGGCGAAAGUCACGUUCAGCCCAGACAGUCAGAGCGACGUGAACCUUCCCCAUCUCGAUCUGAAGUCAUUCAGUGGAGAGUACUCAGACUGGCCUGGUUUUUACCAGUUCUUCCGCACAACCAUUCACGAGAACAAGAAGCUCAAGGCCAUUCAAAAGUUUCAGUACCUCAUAAAAUCGCUCAACGGUGAGGCAUAUUCAGUCAUCCAGAACCUCACAGUCACUGAGAGCAAUUAUGAACGAGCAUGGGACUUGCUUCUCAGGAGGUUUGACAAACCAAAGAGCAUCAUCAAGGAAUAUUUCAACAGCUUCUUCUCACAGUCAGAGCUUAAAACGGCAGAUGUAGCUAAACUUCGAAAGAUUCACAGCGUUUACGAAGGCGCAAUUCAAGGAGCAGAAAACAUGGGUGCAACCACAAAGGAUGCAUGGUUGGUGCACUUCGCCUCACAGACGUUGGAUCCCGACACAAGGGAGUUAUGGUCACGUGAGCCCACAGAAGGAAUCCUACCAACAUGGAAAGAAUUCAGCGACUUCUUGUCAAGGCGUUGUGAUUCAUUGGAAGCGUACUCAAAGAAAAACGAUCAAAGCUCAACAUCUCAGCCAGCUCAGAAGAAACCUGUUGGUUCCAAAGUCUCUUCAAACAAACCACAAAAACAGUCAACAUUCAUCAAUACAACCACAGAAACAUGCGGAAUUUGUUCAGAGGGAUCUCAUCCAGCUUGGAAAUGCGACAGGUUCCUGGCACAAUCGCCAGCACAGAAGCUGGACACGCUACGCAGGCUCAGGAUGUGUAUCAACUGUCUAAGUUCCAAUCACACCAAUUGUGCUCGCGGUUCAUGCAAGGUUUGCCGUCAGCAGCACAACUCAUUGGUCCAUGAUGCCUUCAAACAGAAAGUAUCAUCGGCGACCAAACCCACAUCAGUGGACAAACCGGCGACAUCAGCAGCGUCCGGAAACUCAGCAUCCUUGGACACAGUGGACACGUACAUCCCUGGCUCCUCAUCCAGCGGAAUCCAGCGAACGUUCCUCACCAGGGUUGCCAAGAGCACACUUCUCCCAACUGUCCAGGUCCUCGCCAAGGGGGCUAACGGGAAACUCUACAAAGGUCGGGCACUCUUGGACGCAUGCAGCCAAGUCAAUUUUGCCUCAGCACGAUUUGUAGAUCAACUCAAACUCCCGAAGACAAGUGAGAGAAAUCAUACAGUCUCAAGCAUCAACGGUGUUUCAACAUGCAUCAAAAGCACCACAGACAUCAACAUCUCAUCGACAGAUCAGCAGUUCCAGAUGGCCGCCAACUUCAUGGUUAUCAACAAGAUUGUAGAUGAGAUGCCCGUGGACUUUGUAGAGCUUGACUGGCAAAUUCCCGAGCACAUUACAUUGGCCGAUCCCGAGUUCAUGUAUCCUGGCAGAAUUGAUCUGCUCCUUGGUGCGGAUUUCGACGCAAGAGCGAGGCGCUCAGGGCAUUUGCAGGACAAUUCACCAGCCUUACUUGAAACAGCAUUUGGAUGGGUCGUUCAAGGCGCGUGGAAUCAAACAGAAGGCUCUCGGGUCAGCACUUUUCUCAACAUCUCCUCAGUCACACUGGACAAGUCCCUCACAAGAUUCUGGGAGAUUGAAGAGAAUUGUCAGCAGGAGUCCACAUCAAUGUCCUCUGAGGAACUCGAGUGUGAGAAGUACUUCUCCGACACCACCAAAAGGGACUCGGAAGGGCGAUACAUUGUCCGUCUUCCUACUCGCAGCAAUGUGUCAGAGUUGGGAGACUCAAAGUUCGUAGCUCAGCAGCGAUUCAAACAGCUGGAGAGGAAGCUGCAGGCCAAUUCAGAACUACAAACUCAUUACAUCAGUUUCAUGAACCAAUACCAGGAGUUGGGUCACAUGAGGGUACUCCCAGAUGACUACACGUCAUCCCGGUCAGAGUACUAUCUGCCACAUCAUGCAGUGGUCAGAAUGUCUUCUUCAUCAACUCCCGUUCGUGUCGUCUUUGACGCCAGCAGCAAGACAUCUUCAUCACUAUCACUCAAUUCCGUGCUCAAAGUGGGCCCUCGCAUUCAGGAGGACUUGUUCAACAUUUUGAUCCGGUACCGCCAGUACAACCAUGUGCUCAAGGCAGACAUACAGAAGAUGUUCAGGCAGGUCAAGAUGCACGAAGACGAUCAAAAUCUCCAGCGAAUUUUGUGGCGAGAUAGUCCGGAAAAACCACUACAGACUUUUCUACUGACUACAGUCACUUACGGCACAGCCAGUGCCCCAUACCUCUCCACACGAUGUAUGCAGCAGUUGGUAUUAGAUGAUGGUGACAGAUUCCCUCAAGCCAAGGAGAUUGCACUCAAGGACUUUUACGUCGACGAUCUACUUACUGGCACACAAACAAUCGAGGAAGCUAUCAAUCUCCAGGAACAGCUAACUGCACUUUUCAAAGGAGGAGGUUUUCCACUGAAGAAAUGGACUUCAAACAGACAGCAGGUCUUGGAGCACAUUCCACCAGAAGACAGAGAGACCCAAUCAGUCAUGGAUUUCAAUUCUGAAGGUGGUAUCAAGACUCUUGGGCUUCAGUGGCAUCCGUCAACAGACAUUUUCACAUUCUCAACCGCCUUCAAAGAUGGUGCUAUCACAAAACGUGCAGUGCUCUCAAACAUGUCUCGCAUUUUCGAUCCUCUCGGAUUGAUUUCACCAGUGACCAUCACCGCAAAAAUACUCAUGCAAAAAUUGUGGAAGGAAAAUCUGGAUUGGGACACGGAACUGCCUGACGAUUUGCGAGCCCAGUGGAUUGCCUAUGAGAAGGAUGUUCAACAUCUGUCACUCAUCUCCAUUCCAAGGAAGUUCACUGAAUUUGAGGACGUCAAGCAUCUUCAAUUGUACGCUUUUUCUGAUGCAUCUCAAAGGGCAUACUCAGCUUGCAUCUACGCCAGAACAAUCAAUCACCAGGGAGACAUCAGUUGUUACCUCAUUGCAGCCAAAACACGUGUCUCUCCACUCACAACAGUGACAAUACCACGACUUGAGCUGUGCGGAGCCGUACUCCUGAUCAGGCUACUCAAGAAAGUUCAAUCAUCCCUUACCAUGGAGGUCGAUGACAUUCGGGCUUUCACGGACUCAACAAUUGUUCUCCACUGGAUUUACGGGGACCUCAACAGAUGGAAGACAUUUGUCCGAAAUCGUGUCGCAGAGAUUCAAGGCAUCCUCCCAGCCUCUGCUUGGAGUCACGUGAGGUCAGAGGACAAUCCAGCUGAUCUCGCAUCCCGUGGCGUUAAGACAGAAGAGCUGCUUACCAACAAUUUCUGGUGGAAUGGCCCUCAAUGGAUUUGUGACGACAUCAACCCCCAAUUCAAUCAGCAAAUCAAUCCAGAAGACAUCCCAGAGGACGACACUGAGCAAGUCAAGGUAUGUGCACUCAUGAAUAUUGCUAACCCCUUUUGGAAUAUCAUUCCUAGAUACUCCUCUUUGACGAGGCUCAUGAGAGCUGUGGCGAUUCUCACAAGAUUCACCCAAUUCAUCCUGAACAAAUGCAAGAGGCCGUGCAAGAUCAACCGUGGUCCUCUCACCUCAGAAGAGCUGGCAACAGCCCAAGGAUCUAUCACCAAGGCAGUUCAGAUUCAGUCAUUUUCUGAGGACAUUCACCAUUUGACUCGCCACAAGGAGGUCUCGAAGAGUUCCAAAAUCCGCAAUCUCCAUCCCUUCCUGGACGAUAGAGGUCUUCUUCGUGUAGGAGGCAGGAUCGAGCGUGCCAGCACAACAUACGAUCACAAACACCCACUCUUGCUACCAUCCACUCAUCAUUUCACGGAUUUGGUGGCACGGGAAUUUCAUCAAAAAACACUCCACGGAGGUCCUCACCUUCUCCUCAGCACGAUGAGAAUGCAGUUUUGGCCCAUCCAUGGAAUGACAGUGGCGAAGAGGAUCGUCAGGGAAUGUGUCAAAUGCUUCAGAGUGAAUCCCAGGGGCGUAGAACAGUUGAUGAGCAAUUGUCCAGAGAACAGAGUUUGUCAAUUCAGGGUCUUCACUCACACAGGGAUUGACUUUUGCGGCCCAUUCUACCUCAAGCCACUCACACGAAAGGGUGCCUCCCCCAAGGUGUACGUUUGUGUCUACAUUUGCCUCACAACCAGGGCUGUACAUCUGGAAAUGGUUGAGUCACUCACGACAGAUGCGUUCAUCGGGUCUUUGAAGCGAUUCACGGCAAGACGUGGGAUGCCACAACACAUUUAUUGCGACAACGCCACAAAUUUUGUUGGAGCCAGCCGUGAAUUGGAAGACCUCAAAAAACUGUUCUUUUCAGAACAACACCAGAAUUCUGUCAUCAAUGCCGCAUCGGAUCAGGGUAUCAGAUUCCAUUUCAUACCCCCCGCUAGCCCGUCAUUUGGAGGAUCAUGGGAAUCCUGUGUGAAACUCUUCAAGACACACUUCCGUAGAGUGGCUGGAGACACAAAACUCACUCAGGAGCAAAUGGUCACUGUAAUAGCUCAAAUCGAGGCAAUCAUCAACUCAAGGCCUCUGACAGCUCUCUCAGAUGACCCCAAGGACUUCGGCGUGCUCACACCGGGUCAUUUUUUGAUCGGCGCCCCAUUGACAGCAAUUCCGGAGCCAAGUGUCAAUGACAUCCCAGCUGAUCGACUUGGAAAAUGGCAACAUUGCCAGCAAAUCGUCGAACAUUUUUGGAAGAGGUGGCACAAAGAAUAUCUGCAUACAUUGCAGACCCGCAACAAGUGGAAGAACAUCACCCCUCCGGUACAGAUCAACGAUUUGGUUCUCAUCAGGAACGAUCAGCUGCCUCCUCUCAAGUGGACAAUGGGCCGUGUAACCAACAUUCACCCAGGAGAAGACGGAUUAAUCAGAGUGGUAAGUCUGCAGACACCCCAUGGAAUCACUCAGCGUGCGCUGCCCAAGAUCUGCCCUUUGCCUAAGACGUCUUCAGAGAAUUCCAUGAAAUUGCCAGCAAUUUCACCCGGUCAGGAUGUUAAGGCGCCAAUGUCAAUUGACGCCAUCACAAGCGAGUGCGCGGCGAAAAGCUCGCUGUCAGUUAUUGAGGGCAAGUGAAGCUGACUUCACUCCGUCACGUCACCGGCAGCGACCACACACACACACACUAUCGAUCGCAAGCAAGUCACGCAGCAGCAAGGAAGAAUUUCAUCAUCUCUAAUUUUCUCUAGUUUUCGUUUAAGUAUUGUUGAAUUUUUAAUUAGUCAUUUGUGAAAAAUAAAGUUGAAGUGUUACGGAAGCUGGCAGUGCAGUUUUUUGGUCACUUCGACCGCAUCUUUAAUCAUUCUUAAUCUUAACAGGUAAAGCCAAUCAUCCAGGCAUUCACAAAGACAGGCAAACAGAUUCACUCAACAUUCAUUUCCAUCAUAUUCAGGUACUGUACAGGGCUCUAAUUAGUGGCGCAGGCACUCCAUAAUUCACACAUCUUUCAUUCCAUCACAUUCAGGUACACACAAUACCACAUUCAGUAUUUGCUGUUUAAAUUGAUUUCUGAGAUACUAAAACGUAAUUCAAUAUAGUUUAGCUUCAAAAUGGAAGCACUCUGUCUAUCUAUCAAGCUCAAUAAAUUGAUACUAUAUCUCAUUCUCUUCUGAAAAGUGUACACAUAAAUUUAAUAGUGCCUACAGGGACUUUGGGGUGGAGUUAGGCAAAAGAGAUUACUUAAAAAAAUCAAUAACUCUUCAGAAUAUCAUGUACACUCUUUUUGCUAGAUUCUGCAAUAAAAAAUGCCUUUUAUCUACUGAAUCAUCAAUUUGUAAACGUAAUUUUUUGAUCUUUCUUUAAUAUAAAUAAGAUAAAUGGUACAUAGGAAUUUUUUGUCGUGAACGUCAAAUCAAUUUAUUUCAACUUCUUUCUACCAUUUCCCAGGAGGAAAAUCCAUGAUGGGAUAGAAUGAAAUUUUGUUGAACCCACACAUUUUCUAUUUUGUGCUAUUCGCGGUAGAGAAAAGCCUUUUACGCUUCCUUAAUGUAAUUUUAUUAAAUGGCAUACACACCUUAAGAGGUAAUAUGUUUGCAAGGAGGAAAUUCACUUGAGAGACACAUAAUUUGAUAUUGAUGGUAUUGAAAAAUAGACUUGUCUCGAACACUUGUUUCUCUCAGUUCUAUUUCACUUAAUUUUCCACGUAAUUAAGAGCAAUUGAGCAACGCAUUUCAAUUUGCGCUCAUUUAAGCACAUACCGACUAAUUCAUUUUCUUAAAUUGCGAUGAAUGAAAAAUUGCCAUCCAGAGUCUUCCGGACUUAAACUUUCUUCCCUAUCGAUAAGGCUUUUUUUCAGGUUUCCCGAUACCAUCUGUCUGGAAAUUUUCAGAGAAACUUCUAUAUCUUCCAAAAAGUAAUUUAGAAAUUGCGCCUUAUUUUCAUUUAAAACUGCGCAUUUUUUUCCGCAUGGAAUAAAAUUAAAUAAGAAGUGUUUUCCUUGAAAAUUAUUUCUUUCAAUAAUUGUUAAAUAGGUUCUUCAGAGAUAAAUUGCUAUUAUGAGAUUUUGUGCUCAACACAAAAAAAAAAUUAGAAAUGUUCUGAACUUUAUUGCGACAUUCAUUUCAAUCUAACAUGACUCCGCUCAAUGUUUUAUUGCUGUAUUUAUGGCUCUAUCUCCGAAUGUAUUUUGCAGCAUUAAUAUCCAUGAGAAUACGAUGCUUCAUUUGGAGAAUUCUCCUUUAAAAUUUCUAAAGCUCCCAACAAUAUACAAAGCCAUCAGAAAAUUUCUCUUUUGUUGAUAAUUUCAAUUACGAAAUAUCCCAAGGGGUAAGUCAUUUCGGAGAACUCGAGUCAAAGCGAUUAGGGGACCCACGGGGAAUUCACGAGGAACUCUGGGACCUCAUGAGAAAAUCUGGGACCUCUCGAGGAAAUCUUGUAUCUCACGAGGAACUCGGGAACCUCACGAAGAACUCGGGAUCCUCACGAGGAACUCGGGUACCUCAUAAGAAAAUCUAAGACCUCACGAGGAACUCGGGGACCUCACGAGAAACUCGGGGACCUCACGAGAAACUCAGGGACCUCACGAGAAACUCGGGGCCUCACGAUAAACUCGAGAACCUCAUGAGAAAAUCUGGGACUUCACGAGGAAUUCAGGGACCUCACGAAGAAUUCGGGGACCUCACGAGGAACACGGGGAUCUCAUGAAAAAAUCUGGGACCUCACGAGAAAAUAUGGAAGCUCACGAGGAAAUUUGGAACUUCACGAGGAAUUCGGGGACCUCACGAGGAACUCGACGACCUCACGAGGAACUCGGGGACCUCACGGGAAAAUCUGGGACCUCACGAGGAACUCGGGGAUCUCAUGAGAAAAUCUGGGACCUGGAAAUAUGGAACCUUACGAGGAAAUCUGGAAGCUCACGAGGAAAUUUGGGACUUUACGAGGAAUUCGGGGACCUCACGAGGAACUCGGGAACAUCAUGAGAAAAUAUGGAACCUCACGAGGAACUCGGGGAUCUCAUGAGAAAAUCUGGGACCUCGCGAGGAACUCGGGUCGGGGAUCUCACGAGAAACUCGUAGACCUCUCGAGGAACUCGGGGAGCUCACGGGGAACCAUGGAAACCAUUCAUAGACCCAAAUUUUCACUUCUUUGAAAUUGGCAAAAUGUUGCUUAACCAAGUCAUGCGCAAAUGACCGUAAAAAGCGAUUAUCGGAAAGGUCCAAGUCUAGAGAAUACAGCAGGGGCGGUAGGAUAUCCGAAUUCAGCGUUUUAAUGUUGACCACAUUGAAAAAAAUUAUUUGUGCAAAGCAUAAAUCGUCCGAAGGUAGCGCAAUUUUCCCUACAUGUGUCACUAGCGCCAUUCAACUGUGAGUGGCGGAUUUCAGGUUGAGGACCUAGUAUAUAUUUUUUUUUUCUGGGAACCUACAGGGAAGUUGAGGAACCCAUACAAGGAAGUCAAGCUUAAGUGAAAACGGAUUGAAAGAAUGUGAUAUGAAUAGCCUACAUUUCUUAUGAACCAUUGGCGUUGAAAAUAGACCAAAGACCUCUCCUGUAGGUAUGCAAUUUUUCUGUGUCACUCAAGUGAAUUCGCGGGCUUUUUUCGGUUCCGAGAAUUUCUUUGAAAGCGGAACUCCCUGUAUAUUUUUUUAAUGGAACCGAGACUGCAGUCAUUCAGUAUUGCUUAUGAAUCACCCCUUGAAAUUUCCCACCACAAUAUCCCCCUGAGGAUUCAUAUAUGCAUUUUCCUCUCUCUCAGAGGAGGUUUUUGCCCUUCAGGAAAAUUGUGGGGAGCACAAGAGUCAAUUUGGGGGUGUGUUCCAGUGAGAAUAUCAUCAAAAUCACCGAGAAUUUCUCUCCCAUCUGAAAUCCCUUCACUCUCUUUCUCUCUCUCUUUCCCUUCAAAACCCUAUAUAGUUUUCGUAUCGAUUUUCCACGGGAAAAUGUUGACUAUGACGUAAAAGAGUCUUCCCAGUGACUUUGCGGCAAAAAAAAAUGCGCGCCAAAGAACCAAAACAAAACCCGAAGAAAGAACGCAAUUCGACCUCAUACAGGGUGACAUCAGCAAUUCAUUUCUUAUUUCACAUCCGCCCACCAAUACCCAUCCUCAAAUCCCAACAGGAUCACAUUUCUUCGAGGGACAAGUGCGAGAUACCCAACCUUAAUCGACCAAACCCUCGAGGAAUGUUUCAGAGAUGUGUCCAAAUGCCCAUUUUUAUAUCUACAUUCCCAAUGUGAAAGGAAUAAAAGUACUUUACCCAUCAGCAAAAA